UUGAUGAAGGAUGGCAACACCAUAUGUUCCUGUUCCUAUUCCUAUUGGAAGUUCAUCAUCCAGCUUUACAAACAGAAACCAAAGAAGUCCAUCUUUUGGGAGCAUCUCAACAAGUUCCAGCUCUUCAAAAGGACAGUUGGAGGACUCCACAACUGGUAGUUUUAAAAAGAUGAGCGUGCCUGACCAAACUGAUUCUACAUCAUCUUUGUGCAGUAGUCCAGUUGUUAGGACUAAAUUUACAGGUGUGGAUACAUCCAUAGAAUACUGUAGUCAGCCUGUAGAAGAAGUUGAGGAGAACACAGAUUCCAGGAGCUGGGAAGAUCGACCAUCUACACCUACUAUACUGGGUUAUGAGGUGAUGGAGGAAAGGGCAAAAUUCACUGUAUACAAAAUACUGGUAAACAGAAGUCCAGAGGAAAGUUGGGUGGUUUUCAGGCGCUACACUGACUUCUCCAGGCUUAAUGACAAGCUAAAAGAUAUGUUCCCAGGCUUUCGGUUGGCCCUUCCACCAAAGCGCUGGUUCAAGGAUAAUUACAAUCCUGACUUCUUGGAGGAUCGACAGCUGGGACUGCAAGCAUUCCUCCAGAACCUGGUAGCUCACAAAGAUAUUGCUAACUGUCUUGCAGUGAGAGAAUUUCUUUGUCUGGAUGAUCCUCCAGGUCCUUUUGACAGUCUAGAAGAGAGCAGGGCUUUCUGUGAAACUCUGGAGGAAACAAAUUACCGUCUGCAGAAAGAGCUGCUGGAGAAACAAAGGGAGGUUGAAUCACUGAAGAAAUUGUUGAGUGAAAAGCAACUUCAUAUAGAUGCUGUUGAAAGAAGAAUUAGGGACCUAUCUGUAGGAAAAAUGACUCGUCAAAUGUCAGGAGAAGAAAGUGAGUGCAGUGGUGAGGUGGAGUCUUCUGCAGUAGAAGCAGACCAGGGUACCCUGGGUGAGGACAGCUGCUCAGACAAGGAGAGCCACAAGGCUUGCUGGAGUGGCUCUUUGGCUGAAAAUUCUGUACCAGAAAUUGAAGUUGCUGAAGUGGCCUAUACUGCUGAUGAAGAAGAGUAGACAGUAGCAGCUGCUCUGACCUGGGAAAGGUUCAUCUUUGGGACACACUUUUCGGGUAGGGGAAUAGAGUAGCUGUGAAGAACUUACAGCAAAGAGCAAGAAUGCACAUCUUGAAUGUUUACAUAAAUCCUUAGAGAUUAUUAAUGUAAGAAGUAUACCCUGUGCUGCUUUCAGUUUUUUAUCUAGCCAUUAUAUAUUUAAUAUAUUACAGUCUAAUGAGGGCUAAAAUCAGCUGAAGUUCUGAUAUAGUGUACAUACACCAUUUGGCUGAGGAAAGCUUCACAUUACAUCACCAGACACAUCUAACUAGCAUGUCCUAUGUUGCCAGUGAUGUGACAUGUCUGAAGCGUUCAUCUGUUUGGUAUGUGUGUUUUCAUAGUCUUACAGCCAUAAAUUGAUGCCUGUUGCAGUAAGAAUGGACUCAUCCUAUGUUUAACAUGAGUGUAGAACAUGUUGGUUUUAAAUUCUAAAACUGCAGAUUAUUUCUCUGGAAAUUUUAAAGCAAUGCAAUAGGAAAGCUUUACAGUACCAUGAGAAAAGUACUUAAAAAAUGGGACUAGAGUUGGACAUUUUUUUAAAAAAAAAAAGUGGUCAUUUUUGCUGAAGGAACUGAUCUGAGACCCCCAAAACACUGUGUAUUUUCAUCCCAAGACAGCAU